AUGACACACGCGAUUUCACACAUUUCACCUAAAAUAACGUCAUUGCAGAUUUUGUGCGGAUGCGGUUAUCUCGACGGUACCGAAAUUUCGGAAGCCGUGUCGGCAACGAUCCACGUAGCUCAGAAAGAUAUGAAGCCAUGUUUCUACGCGCCAGAUCAAGAAAUUUGUAACAUUAUCGAUCAUUGUAGCAGAAAACUAGACCCGGACAGUUCCCCGAGAAAUGCGCUGGUCGAAGCAGCGAGAUUGGCUAGAUCAUCUAUAAAACCACUGUGCGAAUGCGAAGCGUGUACACACGGAGCGCUCGUUAUUCCUGGAGGAUUCGGUGCUGCAAAGAUAUUGAGUAAUUUCGCAGAAAAAGGCGCUGACUGCACUGUGCUUCCCGAUUUAGAGAAACUAAUCGAGGAUUUUUAUUGCGAGAAAAAACCAAUUGGUUCGAUAUGCAUUGCAAGUGCUGUUAUCGCAAGAGUGUUAAAAGGUGUUCGAGUGACGCUUGGCAAAGACUCACCAGCAGAAGACUGGCCACACGCCGAUGCAAUUGGAAAAGUUCGAAGCAUGGGAGCUAAGGUAGAAUUGAAGAAUGUAAAAGGAGUAACCAGGUGUAAAAAAUACAACGUCUUCAGUACACCAGCGUGGAUGUACAAAAGUGGGACAUUUGCAGACGUUCACAACGGUAUAGGAAAAUUAAUCACUAUGUUGAAGAAAUGUAUUAAUCAAUAA